AUGCUUGCAUUCUUGCUGUGUGUGCAUGUGAAUACGAACGCACCCCGACAUAAACCCCAUCACAACCGGCACAGAGAAGGGGCUGUUUUUGGGGCGCACGACGGCUCGCAUGGCUCGUAUGGAUCACAUGACGCCCUCCCGCCGGGCGAUCCGCUUCGGCCACAACACACCUACUUUAGAAAUGAGGGCAAAGCGCCCACUGUUGUGGUCGACCCUAAUUGGGCCAAACAACUCAUGUAUCCCUACGAACAAGAAGAUUAUUUAACAUCGAUUAACUCGAUGAAACAGAUGCACGACCAGCCCCUGCCCUUCCGGUUACCAUUUUCCGGAUUCGCCUUUAACUACGUUUGGGUGCAUAAAGACGGUUACGUGACGUUCAAUAAGGGCUUAAAGAGUUACGCGUUUCCCCUAUCGUUCCCAAUGGUUCCCGAUGACACCAAUGUAGAGGAGGACCCGUCCAUAAUAGCGGCCUUUUUCGCCCACCAGGACAUACCGUCUGACGUGGAGGGCUCGGGUGUGUACUUCCGGCUGAUCGAAGUGGACAAAGAGGCCAAUUUGACUCUUAAACAACGUCUACUCGACGACUUUAGCACAGCUAUGGCCGCCUCCAUUGGUUGGGAGCCCAAGUUUGCAUUUAUUGUAACAUGGAAGAAUAUGACAUUUGCCAAUCGACGCAGGGAACGCGACCUCAAGACAAAUACAUAUCAAAUGAUUUUAGCAACGGAUGAGAUGCAGACAUUUGUGAUGUUUAAUUACGAGCAGAUCUCAUGGGUCACACAUCUUGAUAACUAUGCCGGCCUUAACGGACCGCAAGCCUUUGUAAGUGCAUACGAGUAUUCUCCUUUUUCGCAAAACCCUCGGGUUAUACUACUGCCCAAAAUGGGUUGGGGUAAUGGUAUUGAGGGUAGAUUUUAUUUCACCAUAGACGAAGAGCUUGAACCAGGUGCUUGCGUUAAUAAGGAGCUUGAUCCUAAUUUGCCCGAUAGAAUGCCGUUGCACACGUCGACCGAUUAUAUAAUCAUGUUAGGCGGUCAAGAGCUCAACUUUACCGGUCCGUGUCUGACAGAGGACUCGAACAUAAUCUGUCGGUUUGAUGUGUUGAAAGUGAAGGGCCGUAUGUUGACCAACAAUAUUGGCGCCUGUAUUACACCCGCCGUCAUGUAUGAGGAAUCGCCCGAAAGUCGCAAAGAAUUUGACGUUUGGGUAAAAGAACAGGAAGUGGUGGAGAAUCUGCCGGUCGAGCGCCGGCCCGAAGACCCACACCUUUUAACCAUAGAGUGGCAAAGCGAUGACUUGACGUGGGAUGACAGCGCCCGGGUCUCCAUAUCCCUCUGGGGCUAUAGCGAGAAAACCGAUGUCUACCCUCACCUCACAUUCCUCAUUGAGUUAACACAGGGCCAGACAAAUAAUGGCAAAUUUGAACUUGAUCUAAACAGUCUGCCCAAGUUGCCGGAGCUCAAUAAUUACGAGUAUACAUAUGGUUUCAUUGGGGUUAACGUUACGGGCGAUGUAUGGAGUCAAACGUUGUGGUCUAAGCCCAUGCCUUUAGGGUGGUAUAUGAGGCCGUAUUGGAUCAAAGAGUACGGCAAUCAGUGGAACGACCGGUUUUGCAGGGAUUGGUUUGACAGGGAGUCCCAAUUGGAUAGGUUUGCCGUAACGGUGUUCCGUUGCCCAUGCACCUUAACUCAGUCUGAGCGCGAUCGUGGUCGUUUCGCACCAGACUUACAGUGCAAUGUGAUCGAUAAAAAGUGUGAUACUCUACAUCACGGGGCUCUACACUGUGUCCGAACCGCCCGACCAUCUAUUGGUGGUUCGGGGCAGACAUGUUGUUACGAUGACUAUGGUGAACUGGUACAAACCGCCGACACCAUGUAUGGGGGCCGCCCCUCCCGGGCGUUUGUCUACGGGAAACAUCCAUUUAAACAACGUUUAAUGGUGCCCACAAUGUCCUAUUGGUUGUACGACAUAAUGCCGUUCUUCUAUUGCUGCAAAUGGGCGCCCGGAGAAGAAAACAGCAAAACAUGUCAAAUGUUUAACUAUUGGCGCACAUCUCAGGAUUGCUCUUCAUAUCAGACACCCGGCGUCGCUACAGUGUAUGGUGACCCUCAUAUAAUCACAUUCGACCGGUACAACUACACGUUCAAUGGAAAGGGCGAGUUUGUGUUGGUGCAUACGGACAACGCGGUGCAUAAGUUGGACAUUCACGGACGGUUCGAGCAGAUGCCUAACCUGAACGGCACACACUUGACAGCUGUGGCGAUUCGGGACAAUAUCUCGUCGAUCGUGGAGUUGCGUCUCCGGCCGGUGGCCGCCCGCUGGCAGUUCCAGCUCUACCUGUUUGGCGAUAAGGAGAUGUACUACUUCUGGCAGCCGGACAUGCGCUCCAUACAGAUGAAGGGUGUGAUGCUGUACCAGCCCGCGGGCAUACGUAAUAUGUCUCAGAUUAUAGCUAUGUUUGAUUCAGGCGCCGGCGUCGAGAUUAGUGUCAGUCCCGUCGGCUCCAUACUGCUCAACGUGUAUCUGCCCAACACUUUCAUCAAUAAUACACGUGGUUUAUUAGGUAAAUGGUCGCGAGACAUGAACGAUGAUCUGGAGCUACCGGACGGUCGGUCGGGUCCCCGCGCGGGGCCGUCCCUCACCACACGUGAUCUGCACGACAACUUCGCCAAUCAGUACCGACUCAAAGAGACCAAUACUCCUAAUUUAGGGCAAUCGUUGUUUUGGCACAAUCCUGUCGACCACUCCAACUACGAUGAUAUCAAAUUUGAACCGCUUUGGGACAUCACCGCACAGGACCUGGAAAAGCACCCCGAUGUGGAUAAAGUGUGCAGUGAUAGUACGGCGUGUGUCUACGACUAUGUGGUGACGGGAGACAGCGGUUACGCGGGACAGACCAAGAAGGACGAGGCGGCGGCCGAACUCAUACGCCGAGAUCUGACGGACAAAGCGACCCGAUGUCCGGCGUUGCCGAAGCCCAAGAAUGGGAGGAAAUCGGAGAACCGGUAUUGGCCCGGAACUAUCGUCAGGUUCUCCUGCGAUGAGGGCUACCGUCUCGUCGGCUACGAAGUGCGCCGGUGUCGAGAGGACGGGCUGUGGUCGUGGGGCGUCGACCCCGAGUGCAUCAAAGAUGUCAGCUAUAAACUAACUCUGGGCGGCAUUUACGCCGGCGUUAUACUACCCCUUGUGAUCGUUAUAUUGCUAUUUGUCGUGUGUUGGCGC